GAAAUGAAGGGAGACAAGUCUAACAUAACGUAACUAGGACAACAGUACAAGCGUAUUGGUGGAUCCAUUGACGAAGAGACGGUGAAAGUGAAUCAUCGCACGUCAAAAGCACCGCACUAUUCCAAAAGGAAAUUAUCGUGCACGAUAUAUAACAGAAAUAUAUGAAAGGAAAAGGUAAUAAAGAUGAAGGAAAAAGAGAAUAUGCUAGGUCAACCAAAACAAGGCAAAAGUUGUGAAAGUGAAGGACAAGAAGACAUCAUGUCCAAGAGUGAGAAGAGUGAGGAAGCAGUUGUCAGAAAUGAGAAAGCCCCAAAAAUACAAAGUGAACAGAACUCCAGUGUUACUGGUUUGAGUCCAAUAAAAUCAUUGCAUAAAGCUAGGAUUCAGCCUACCUUACCUAACCUGUUGACAAAAUAUGGUCUGGAGGUCAAAGAUGCAGUACAAACAAUGAAGUCAGCAAAGAAGAAGGAAAAGAAGAAGAAAGUAGCAACAUUUGAAGAUGAAGAUGAGAAAGAAAAAGAGAAAAACAGACAAAAGGAAGAGAAACACCUGGAGAUAUUCCAUGACAUGACAAGGCUUCGUGAUUACUACUACAAUGAAUAUAUGAUGCUGUUGCAAAAUAAGGUUCAGAAGCAGAGACAGGAAAUUGAACAGCGAUCUCAGGACAUGAAUGAGAAGGAAAACAGAAAAAAAAAUAGAGGUCCCAUUGCUAAACGACCUGAACGUCACAACCUUUCCUCUAACACCAGUUACCUGGAGAAUAUUCCAAAGACAGAUUUCUAUUUUAUAGUGCAGCUUCAGGAUAAACUGGUCAGAGAAGGAAAACUCCGGACACCAACAGACUUGGAUGCCUUCUGGCAAAAGAUUCAACAGCCAGAAGUAUUUUAUGCCCACUUUAAGAGUCAGAAAUGCAGUGACUGGAGGGGAGAAAUGUCUGUACAUUUUAAUACCAUGCAUGAUGUUCUUGGUAAUGUUCCUUCAACUGAAGAACUUGGUCCAAAGACUCUUAGUCGGAUCACAGAAUCAAGAGAGACUCUUCCUGCUAGUGCAGGUGCUGCCCAAAGCUGGGCCAUUACGCAGCAGUUCCCUGCAGUCAACAAGGGCCAGAAUAAGAGCUUGCUUCAAGGUUCAAAAGCUACCCAGUUACCCAAAUCAUCAUUUCUAACAGACCUGGAGAAACGUUUCCCAAAGCUAGAGAUGCCCAAGCUUCAUUGCUUUACCAUGGACCUUGGUCCAAAGCUGCCUAACCCUGAUGAGGUCACACAUCAACGGCAUUUACGUUAUCUUCAAAAUCGUCGUCUUGCUCACAUGCACAACAUCAACAAAAUGCAUCAAAUAGCAAUGUCAUACUCUGCUGCAACCACCAGAAUUUUGUCUAAACAGGAUGACCUUGAUUUUUUGUGGGAUGGUCAUCAGCUCACAGAUCUAAUACCAGAUCAUUUGCUGCACUCUAACUCAUCAGGGCAAGAAGUGUAUCUCCCAGACAUUAGCCAGACAGAAUCCUUGGACUUUUCGCCUAACUGCUCCCUCCCAGUUUCUUACCAUACUGUCAAUCAGCAUCAACAUAUUUCUCAAGACAAUGACAGCAUUCACCCAAACAUUGUUCAACUUCAAGAUGGUGGAACCAUGCAGACAGACUUAGUCAUACAUGGAGAGGUUUCCAGAGUUAAUAGCAGGGUAUCCUCCAGGAGCAAGCUUAAAAGUGGCAAGGCCCAACAAAGCAAGGAUACUGUUGAUGGAGACAACAUUGCAGUGCUGCCCAUUAGUGACAAACCUCACACCACUCACUCGUCACCAAUCCCUCUAUCACUUGGUGAAGUGAUAGACAAAAGUAGAAUUAUUGAGGCCAAAUGCUUGAGCACCUUAUGGACCAACUACAUGAAAGGGGAGGAUGCAGUCCAAACAUAAGAUAUUUUCAGUCACUCUGGUCUGCAGAUUUCUGACCACAGCACUUGCAUCAUUCAGAAUUCUUUGUUUGAGUUGAUCUAUUUCUGACAGUGAAGGCUUCAGAAUGUACGAGUCACAUUCAUAAUUAGUCCUGAGAUAAAAGGUUGGUGUGAUUUUCAGUUUGAAAAACACUUCAAAACCGACUUUCACUAGCGUUGCUAAGGCUAACGCCAUCUCCAGUGCCUUUCAAGUUUGUUUUCCGUACACUACACUAACAAAUGUCCGUGACACAUUGAGAUAGUUGUUAAGAGAGAAGCAGAGAUUACGAAGAGAAAAGUAUACCAUAAAUUGAGUGACAUAAAGAAAUGAUUGGAUUGGUGGUGAUAGAAGAAAUAUGGGGAGGAGGAUCCAGGUAGACUGGUGAUUUAUGUUGCCAGCAUCUAACUAAAUCAAAGCUAUCUAAACAAGAGCCACAAACAGUGAAAGAACAGAACACCAUGCCCAAGAUCUGAACCCAGGACAGUUGCUCAUCAUAGUACUGGUGACAAGGUUCGUGCCACUGGACCACAGAUGGGGGGAAAGGGGUUGCUCAGGUGAUGAGAAAUAUCUAGAAGAAAAAGGUCACUAAGUCUAAAAAUCAUGACUACAAUUUUACUGAAGUACCCAGUAGUGUUAUAUUGUGUUGUCAAAUCAUCUCAGAGGUGGCACCUGUGAUUUUGAGUUUGAAUUCUUCAACACGAGGAUCUACCUGCAGUUAAUUAAUUAGAGAAUCAGCAAGAGAAUGAUAAAUUGUGUUUUUGAAAGAAAUUUAGAUUUUUUAAAAAAUACAGGAAAUAAUCCAACAGAUUCAUUUAUUUUCAAAAUGUGACAGCUAGAAAACUUGACAAGAACAUUUUGUUUGUAGGAAAAUGUUGUCGAAUGGAUCAGCAAUUGAUUGAAUCAAAUAAAAAAUAUGAUAACAUUCUUGAGAUAAUUUUCACAAGAUAAUCAGCUUUUGUUAAAAAAAAUUCAAACAUUGCCAAUUUGUUAGUAAACUGUAAAUUUUAUAUGACAAAUUGUGAGUUAUUACUUAAUAAAUUAAAAAUAAUUAGAAAAUAUGACAAACAGGUUUCUUUUUAUAGACUCAUUCAUUUCAUAUUGUUUCAACAAUGUUACCAAUACUGAUAAGAUCCUAAAGAUUUCAGAAAAUGCUAUGUUCUUCAAAGAAAAAAUAAACUUACGGAACAUGCACACUUGUUGGAAGCAUUGGCACUCAUCUGAAGACAAGGAUAAGCACUACAGAAGUCUUGUCAUAGCCACAAAACUAGACACAUGUUAAGCACGAAAAUCUGUGGAGCUCUGGUCUAGAAUUGGUGCAGACAGGUCAAUUUGAUUAUCUCUGUCCUACACAUUGCAAUGUGUGCACAGUAUGAGGACAGAGGUCAUUUGUAAGUGGCUUGACAUCAAUUCAAAACUUGUGUUUGGCUAUUUUUCUCUCUUCACUCUCACUCUUAAUAUUACCAAUCAAAAAAAAAUGUAAUACAAUAUGGUGAGGAUUUUGUUCACAUUCCUAUUGUAUAUACAUGUUAAAUGAGAAAUAAUAUGUAGAAUAUAGUACACAGUAGACAACAAAAUCUGCCCCUAAAACAAGAAAAUGAAAUCAUGUCAUAACAAUAACUGCCUGGCCAAUAUUAAAACAGAUAGCCAGAAAAGACAGUGAAAGUCACGUUUUUUUAAACUGGAAGUGCUUUUUAAAGUGUAAUACAAGCAGGUAAACAUAUUUCAGUGGAUUUCUUUAGACAACUAAAAAAAGUACAAGAAGAAUGUAUAGUACACACUCAUCUAGGCCAACAUUUCCUGUGCAUGUCAAAAUGCAGCUGCUUAGAGAAACAUACAACUACAAAAAUUAAGACAACUACAGCAUAAAAAAAUCAGAAGAUUAACAAAAAAAGUCAAGAAAUAAAUAGGAAUCAACACAGUAAAUAAAUAGCAAACAAUAUUCAGGUAACAAAAGUAAGAGUCUAGAAUAAUACGAAAGUGAUGAAAAGUAUGCUGUCACAAGCAUUUAUGAGCAAAAAACAUUUUACAAAUAUCUGAAAAAUAUUAACAGUCAUAUAUCACAGCUCAAAGGUCAUGCCAUCUGUGUGUGUGGAGGGGGAUGUUGCGAAAGCAUGUAAGCAUAAAUAAAUUCAUGCUCAGGGUAAAGAACAUGUCACAGCAGUUGGGCUUGAAAUCAUUGUCUAACCUGUCGCAAGCAUGAAGGUAAAAUCCAAGUUCUGCCUAGUUUGUACAGCACUGUCAUUUUCAUAGUGAAAAACAGAUUUUUUUCCCCAGAAAAACCAUAGCAAAUGACCUAAAUGCUAAUUUCUGUCAGUAUUGAGUGUAGACAAUGCCAGAUCUUCAAGCUCAAGUUAAGGAGGAAUAACUAUAACAGUGCAGAUCUUCAAACUCAUGCUAAGGAGCUACAAUAACAGAAAGCUCUUGUUUGUGACUUCAUGGAAAACAAGAUCUUGAUCUCUUCCUCAAUUGCAGAUGAAAAUUGCAAUGUUCAAAAGCUUGUAUCUCAAUAAUGAAAUGGAGUUCUUUGCUCUGAUUUAGAUUAUUAGUAUCCUAUAUAACCCAGUGGUUUACAAAAAAAUUGCAUUAAAGUAGGCCUUUAACAUUAUGACAUGGCUAAGCCCUUGCAGCAUCAUGUUUUAAAAUGUUUAUGAACUAGCAUCAUCUCCAUAAAUUAAACAAAUGUAUGGCAUAUUAAUAAUUUUAUUAUAAUGCUUUUAUAGUUUACAUUUUAACAUUUGCCAUUUUCUUCUCCGACUACAGAAUUCCAUCAAAAGACUAUUACACAUUUGUUCUCCAAAUAUCUUAUGAUAUUUUUCAUUGCAAUAACAAUGCAAAAAUCCUUUGGCAAAACAUCAGUUGCAUCAUUACUCUAUUAAUGCAUUACUAAAGCAGAUUAUUUCAUAUAACACUACUAAUGCUAAAUGUGAUUGCAACAUAAGUCACAAGUAAUAAGAUCGCAUUGUUCUCACAAAAAUGAAAUAAACUAACCACUCUAGUUAUUAAAAAAAAAACAACAUGUAAAUCCAACAGAACAAUGAUCACAAUGGUGGACUAAACUUCUGACUUCAAUAUUUAGGUUAAUGGCCUUUAUUAAUUACACACAGAUUUCCAACCCUGUUUUUUCAUGUUUUGCAAAGUCACUGAAGAGCAAACCUUGGGUUGAAUAGCGUUCAGAUAAUUGUUCUUACUAUGAAAAUAGAAACACAUGGUGCAGUAGUUAAAAAAAUUAAAUGAACAUAACUAUGCACUUUAAAAAAACAUUUUUAUUCCAUAUUCUUUCUUUAAAAAUUACCAGAGGACUCAACAACAGAAGAUAAUGGACUAAAUUUGCUCUAUAACUAUCGAGAUGAUGUUCUUGUGCCUGGUGUGUGAGGCACUCCACUGGUCACAUGAGCAGCAGUUCUCAGAAAGCUAUAAAGGCAACAGCACAACUAAUAAACCAGUUCUUUCAUGGUUUUUUUAACCAUCACUUAUUUUUAAAAGAAAAGGUCUCCAUUCAGGGCCACUGAAAUACUACUCAACAUUUGAUGUAGUAGCUGUCAGCCAGCCACUACAUUUCCAAUGCCACUUCAGCGAAACUUUUCAUUUUUGUCCCCUCUCAGAUUUAAUGAGAUUUAAUGUUUCUCAGAUUUAAUGCACAUUGCACGCAUGCAGUUACCCAAAGGAUUGGCAGAGAAAAAAAA